AUGGGCUCCCACAGUAGUAUGGGCUCCCACAGUAGUAUGGGCUCCCACAGUAGUAUGGGCUCCCACAGUAGUAUGGGCUCCCACAGCAGUAUGGGCUCCCACAGUACUAUGGGCUCCCACAGUAGUAUGGGCUCCCACAGUAGUAUGAGCUCCCACAGUAGUAUGAGCUCCCACAGUAGUAUGGGCUCCCACAGUAGUAUGGGCUCCCACAGUAGUAUGAGCUCCCACAGUAGUAUGAGCUCGCACAGUAGUAUGGGCUCCCACAGUAGUAUGAGCUCCCACAGUAGUAUGGGCUCCCACAGUAGUAUAGGCUCCCACAGUAAUAUGAGCUCCCACAGUAGUAUGGGCUCCCACAGUAGUAUGGGCUCCCACAGUAGUAUGGGCUCCCACAGUAGUAUGAGCUCCCACAGUAGUAUGAGCUCCCACAGUAGUAUGGGCUCCCACAUUAGUAUGGGCUCCCACAGUAGUAUGGGCCGUAGUAGCAGUACACUUGAGAAUGGGCCAUGGCGAUCAUUCAGAGAUCUAGGGGAGUCGCGUCAAGGCCACCCACAACAACAGCAUAAGAACUGCAUCUCGUGUGCAAUCAAUGGAAUAAGAAAUAGGUUCCCAGAUGAGGAGAACAUGCCCUACACGGGCUUCAAGUAA